GUCUCCUAUGCUUCUUCUCUGCAUCGGCAUUCAUCAUCAACCCGCCACUCCUAAUUUCACCACAUCGGGUCGAGCUGAGCAUGUUCCGCUCUUUUUCUCGUGUCAACACGAAACACAAGUUUCUUUUUCAACCCAAACCCAGGCCUGGUGGCGCCGCCGCAACCAUUUCCCUCUUAUCUUCCGCCGUUGCUCGUGAUCAAAUCUCAGUCACUACCAUUACCACUACACUCCUCCAAAAAUGCAGCUCUCUUUCCCAAGCCAAACUCAUCCAUCAACAGCUCCUCGUCCAAGGCCUCUACCGAGAUUUCACUACCCGCCUCGUUUGCGCUUACCUCAAUCACGACGCCCCUUCUUAUUCCACCUCCAUUCUCGAACGCUUGCCCUCUUCUACCUCUGUUGUCUUCUUCUGGAACACUCUUAUCCGACGCUCCCUUCACCUCGGGUUUUACUGUGACGUCCUUUCUCUCUUCCGUAGGAUGCUGAGGCUCCGAUUCGCUCCUGACCAUUACACCUUCCCUUUUGUCCUCAAGGCCUGUGGCGUGCUUCCGUCCUUCCGAAGUGGAUCAUCUGUUCAUGGGGUUAUCUCUACCAUUGGGUUGGAUUCGAAUGUCUUUGUGUGUAAUGCGCUGGUUGCAAUGUACGCUCGUUGUGGUGAGUUGGACGAUGCGCGGCAGGUGUUCGAGGAAAUGUGUGAUAGAGGGAUAUGUGAUAUUGUCUCCUGGAAUUCUAUUGUGGCUGCUUAUAUGCAAAGCAGGGAUGCGAAGAGUGCGGUGGAGUUGUUCCGAAGAAUGACUUAUGAUUUGGAAAUUCGCCCUGAUGUCGUUAGCCUUGUCAAUGCUCUACCUGCUUGUGGAUCUUUGUGCACGUCUUUACAUGGUAUGCAACUGCAUGGUUUUGCAGUGAGGAGAGGUUUAUUCGAGGAUGUUUUUGUUGGUAAUGCUUUGAUGGAUAUGUAUGCAAAAUGUGGGAUGAUUGAUCAGGCAAAUAAGGUUUUCGAAAGGAUGAAGGUGAAGGAUGUUGUUUCUUGGAAUGCAAUGGUUACUGGGUAUUCUCAGGCUGGCAGGUUUGAGGAGGCUCUGGGUUUGUUUGAGAAGAUGAGAGAGGAGAAAAUUGAGUUGGAUGUUGUGACUUGGAGUGCUGUGAUUGCUGGCUAUGCUCAAAAGGAUCACGGUUAUGAAGCAUUGAGUGUAUUCAGGGAAAUGCAACUUUGUGGUUCCAAACCUAACGUUGUCACACUUGUGUCCGUUCUUUCAGGCUGUUCUUCUAUUGCAGCAUUAAUUCAGGGGAAGGAAAUUCACAGUUAUGCCAUCAAAAGUGUUUUUAACUAUGAUUGGAAUGAUCCAGGAGAAGACCUCAUGGUGAUUAAUGGUCUAAUUGACAUGUACGCCAAGUGCAAAAGUACAAAUGUCGCUCGUUUCAUGUUUGAUUCGGUUGCAACAAGUAAUAGAAAUGUCGUUACUUGGACUGUCAUGAUCGGUGGAUAUGCACAGCAUGGAGAAGAGAAUGAUGCACUGAAGCUUUUCUCUGAAAUGCUCCGAGAUGGUAAGUCUAUGAAGCCAAAUACUUUUACCAUAUGUUGUGCCCUGAUGGCUUGUGCACAUUUGGCUGCCUUAAGGUUUGGUAAACAGAUCCAUGCUUACAUAUUACGCAAUCGAAACGAAUCUGUAAUGUUGUUUAUGGAAAAUUGUCUCAUAGACAUGUAUUCCAAAUCUGGUGACAUACAUGCUGCUAGAGUUGUGUUUGACAAUAUGCAGCACAGAAAUUCAGUUUCUUGGACGUCAUUACUAACUGGUUAUGGCAUGCAUGGCUAUGGGGAAGAAGCUAUCAAGGUUUUGGAUGAUAUGAGAGCAGCAGGUUUUGUUCCUGAUGGUAUUACCUUUCUUGUUUUACUCUAUGUCUGCAGCCAUUCAGGAAUGGUUGAUCAGGGAAUCAGAUUCUUUGAAAGCAUGCAUAGUGAGUACGAUGUUAUCCCUGGAUUGGAACAUUAUGCUUGUAUGGUUGAUCUCUUAGGCCGUGCUGGUCGGUUUGAUCAAGCUCUGAAACUUAUACAUAACAUGCCCAUGGAGCCAACCACAAUUAUAUGGAUUGCAUUACUUAGUGGUUGUAGGAUCCAUGGAAAUGUGGAACUUGGGGAAUAUGCUGCAGCUAAGCUUAGUGAACUUGGUUCAGAGAAUGAUGGGUCAUAUACAUUGCUUUCAAACAUAUAUGCUAAUGCUAGGCGUUGGAGAGAUGUAGCCAGGGUGCGAUAUUUGAUGAAAUAUUCAGGGGUUAAAAAGAGACCGGGUUGCAGCUGGGUUCAAGGAAAGAAAGUCACUGCUACAUUCUAUGUGGGUGACAGGACACAUCCACAAUUUGAACAAAUAUAUGAGCUUCUUGUGGACUUAAUUCAACGCAUUAAGGCAAUUGGGUAUGUUCCUGAGACUAACUGUGCACUUCAUGACGUGGACGAAGAAGAGAAAGGUGAUCUUCUUUCUGAACAUAGUGAGAAGUUAGCUCUAGCUUAUGGCAUUUUAGUCUCUACUCCUGGGGCGCCUAUCCAUAUCACCAAGAACUUGCGUGUCUGUGGCGAUUGCCAUAAUGCCAUUACGUACAUAUCCAUGAUCAUUGAUAAUGAAAUUAUAUUAAGGGACUCAAGUCGCUUCCAUCAUUUCAAGAAUGGAUCCUGCUCAUGCAGAGGCUACUGGUGAUACAAAAUUACUGAUGGAGUAAAUCUGCUCUUGAUAUCGAGUGCAAAGGGUAGCCUAUUAUGUUUAGAUUCAACUAACAUAACAUUAACACAUAUAAGGCCUCUGAUGUAGAACUUGUUCUCAAAUGGCUUCGACGAAGAAAUACAUGGAAACGAUAUUUGUAUAGCAACACAAGCUUGACCGGCUAAGAGGUACAAUUCGUUUUGUGUAGAGAAAUACAGGAAAAAACAAUCUC